CCCUUCCUUGCUCGGCCUCUCACAGCGGCCGACGAGAGUGGCGGCGUCUGCUCGCUCCGUUCUUCUAAGGGGAAAGGGGAGGGGGGAAAGCUUUCUUUUGGUUGGCUCGGGGAGGCAGGCGAGAGAGGAACGGCUCCGAGCAAGCGUGGCCGAGGCUGCGUGGGUAAGGAGGCAGCAUGCGCGGACGGUGCCGUCGUGUGUAGGACUGGGUCUAAUAUCACAGCAUAAUGGAUGACUACACAAAAAUAGAAAAGAUUGGUGAAGGCACGUAUGGUGUUGUAUAUAAAGGCAAACACAAAGCUACAGGUCAGGUCGUUGCUAUGAAGAAAAUUCGAUUAGAGAGCGAUGAAGAAGGUGUUCCAAGCACUGCAAUCAGAGAGGUUUCCUUGUUAAAAGAGCUGCAUCAUCCCAAUAUAGUUUGUCUUCAGGAUGUGCUUAUGCAGGAUUCAAGGCUUUAUCUCAUCUUUGAAUUUCUUUCUAUGGAUCUCAAGAAGUACUUGGAUUCUAUCCCAUCCGGGCAGUACUUAGAUCGUAUGCUUGUUAAGAGUUACUUAUACCAAAUCUUGCAAGGUAUUGUGUUCUGUCAUUCAAGAAGGGUUCUGCAUAGAGACCUGAAGCCGCAGAACUUGUUAAUAGAUGACAAUGGAGUCAUUAAACUUGCUGACUUUGGUCUGGCUCGAGCAUUUGGCAUCCCUGUGCGUGUUUACACACACGAGGUAGUAACAUUGUGGUACAGAUCCCCAGAAGUGCUGUUAGGCUCUGCACGUUACUCUACACCUGUAGAUAUAUGGAGCAUAGGUACAAUAUUUGCUGAAAUGGCAACAAAGAAACCGCUUUUCCAUGGAGACUCAGAAAUUGAUCAGCUCUUCAGGAUCUUCAGAGCUUUGGGGACACCCAACAAUGAUGUGUGGCCUGAGGUAGAAUCCUUGCAAGAUUACAAAAACACUUUCCCCAAGUGGAAACCAAGCAGUCUGGCCUCACAUGUCAAAAACCUUGAUGAGGAUGGACUAGACCUGCUCUCUAAAAUGUUAAUAUAUGAUCCUGCAAAGAGGAUUUCUGGCCGUGCAGCCCUGAACCAUCCAUACUUUGAUGACUUGGAUAAAUCCAAACUUCCAGCCAAUAGAAUCAAAAAAUGCUAACCUCCCUUAAGGCAACCUGGAGGUCUUCAAAGUGAAACAAAGGAAAACUGUCUGUAUCUCUGUUUUUUUAUAUAUGUCUGUCUUGUCCUAUCCUAUAACUGUAGCCCUUUUUAGAGUGCUCUGGUUUAUGUCUCUCUUGAAUGUAAAUAUUAACAUAUUCACUACUCAAUAAAGUUGUAAACUGUUAA